UUUGGAUUGCUUCCGGGAAGAGUUCAAGGGCAGCUACGGUAGCGCCCACAAAGACACUAUCAUAGACUACCGGGACAUACACUGCUGGCGAGGGGAGGAGAACGGCGUGAUGGUGGAGUACGGACGCGGCGAUACCAUAGACCAUUACGAA